AUGGCCAGUGGACUAUCGAGAAACUCCUAUGACGACGACCAUGAAGUACUCGAAGAUGAUUUCCUCAAUGAUGAAGUCGAACCCGACGAACCCUCCGAUCGCGCCCCUUUGACAGGCAACAUUCAAUCCUCCUCUUCCAGCGCACCCCUGAACCAAAGCUAUCUGACUUCGAGAAUACCUGGUGAAGACAGGCAUGCUACACAAAACACCAUCGAUGAGAGUGUCUGGGACACGGUAUCUCGAGACCUAUUCGCCGUGUGGGAGAAAAUGAAACAAGUCCUCUACCCCAAGUAUUUGCUUGGGGGCAUGCUUCAGAGACAGGGCACCGGCAUGGGCGAUGUUGAGAGCCAGGGAGGAGGAUUGGGAAGAGAUCUUAGAGGCAUUCUAGGUCGCUGGCCUGACGCAGAUGGCAUUCUGCAGGGAGGGAUGAGCGACGGUUUAAGAGACUGGGAUCUAUGGGGCCCUCUAAUAUUCUGCCUGCUGCUGAGCGUCUUCCUUUCAAUGCGCGCCAGCAAAGGCCAGACCGACCUGGUCUUUUCUGGCGUCUUUUCCCUGGUCUGGAUUGGCGAAGCUGUGGUAACCCUCCAGAUCAAACUGCUGGGAGGAAAUAUCUCGUUCAUGCAAUCCGUCUCCAUUAUUGGGUAUACUCUGUUCCCACUCACCAUUGCCGCCCUCCUAAGCGCGCUCGGCCUCCCAACUAUUGCGCGCAUUCCUGUAUACAUUGUUCUUGUUGCAUGGUCACUAGCAGCCGGAAACAUCUCCGUCAACAAGAUCCGGUCACUACGAUUCCAAUCACCCACGAUGGCUACAAGCGACCAAGCAGACCACCUGCCACCGCCGCAGGAAUCAACAGAAGACACAGUCAUACGAGAUCUACCGCCUCAAGAAGGAAGUUCAGACGGCGAGGGGGGCGAACGCACCGCGCGGGAGAAACUGAAGAAAACAUCCAUUGCAGGACUCUCGCAGUAUUCCAAGGUAAAGCCUGGAGUCGCUGGAGAUCACCCUGUGGACGAUGCUGGGACGGUCGAAUCAUUGCCCGAGUCACAAAGCGAAAAUGGACAAGUUCGAGGCCGUCCGUCGAAGAAACGAUCGUUCGAAGACCUGCAAACCGAAGAGUCUGGUCCCGGUGUCGAAAAUGGAGGAGCCCCUCUCCCAAAGAAGGGAAGCCAACACAAGAGGAUGAGAUCCCGAGAGAUUUCGGGGAACGACGAGGAGAUACAGACUUUUGAGAAAUACGAGGACAUGGCGAGCCCGGUCCAGGAAGAGAGUGACGCAGAGGCACAGCAGUCUCCCGGCGGGCCUGGGAUUCUAGUGUUGGCCCCCUCGAAGGAGGAGAUGGAAACUGCUGCUAUGGCGCAGGACGCCCAUGGAUCAACUGCAGAGGAUAAAUCAUCUAGUGUUGCUGCUAGCUCGGAGAAGCAAUCAGUGGCAGCCGAGACCCAAGUCAAAGCCCUGCCAUCAACCAAAGAAGAAGCCAAACUACAGGUCACGGCAUCAUCAGGCUUCGCCAACACAUCAACCACCUCGCCGUUCAGUAGCUUCAAAUCCCCCAAGUCCCCCAAAUCCCCGGAGAAAGCAUCGGACUCGGUUUUGUCUCCCGGGAGCGGGACGUCAAGUUCGGCCUUUGCUUCUUCUGGAUUGUCAGCGUUUGCUGCGUCCGAAAAGUCACCCUUCGGAGCGGUAGGUGCGACAGCCAAAGCUGGCGGCGGAUUUGGUGGGGGCGGAGGAACGAGCGGGUUCGCAUCGUCCUCUGGCGGAUUCGGAGGUGCGUCACCGUUCGCGAGUAAACCCACGUCCGGCUUUGGGUCUGGAGGCGGCUUCGGGUCUGCUGCUGGAUUCGGAGGAGGGAGCGGGUUUGGAAGUGCUGCAAAACCACUUGGUGCGGGCCUCUCCCCAUUUGGUACUUCGGCGGGAGCGACAGGCACGUUUGGCAAGCCGAAGCCAUUUGGGGCGAAGACGAAUGAAGACGAGGAAGAUAGUGAAGACGGAGGCGGAAACGACGAAGCACAAGCGGCGGGCGAAGAAGCCGAGCAAGACCCGAGAUUCCGCGAGCAAGAGCUCAAUACCGGAGAAGAAGACGAGGAGACGGUCUUCAGCUGUCGGGCGAAGCUAUAUCACUUUGAAAGGGAGUGGAAGGAGAGCGGAAUAGGGGAUUUCAAGAUCAACAUGCGAUAUGAAGCGAGAUCAACCGUGCAAACACCUGCCACAGACGGCAAAAACGGAGGAGAGAAGGCACCCAAAGAAGACGAUUCUGUGGAAACAAACGAAGAAGAUAUUGAAGCUGCUCUUGAAGGCGGCGAACGCGAGUCGUCUGUGACUCUGGAACGCAGGGGUCGACUCAUCAUGCGCGCCAUGGGUACACAUCGUCUACUGCUCAACACGCCGGUGUUUAAAGAGAUGAAUGUGGGCACACACGACGGCAAAGAACCGAGUGGAAAGACCAUGCACCUCACUGGUUUGGAGGGAGGGAAGCCGACGGGUUUCCAGAUAAAGGUUGGUAAAGAAGAGGUCUUGAAGGAAAUAUACUACAAGAUCAGAGAACUGCAGGAAGAACUGUGA